CAGUCUAACUGUCCCUGCUUCUUCUUCCUCAGUUGUUCACUUUCUCUCAUUUUCCUUUUCCUUUUCCUUUUUGGCUGUCUGUUUGGAUAGAGAGAAAAUCCUUCAAGUACCGAAGAAGAAGCAGAAAAGGUGGCAAUGGCCGUCUCCAUUAAACAGUCUUUCUCCGCCUUACCUCUUCUGUUUUGUUUCUUGUCGGAGUAUCAAUCCCACUGUACGGACCCUCAACAUUUCCAGUAAUGUGGACACAAACACGCAGCAGAGCUCAAACAACUCAACAAUGGCAGCUAGGUACAGGUCAGAAGAGGUUGAUCCAUUGAAUGAGCAUGCGGUUGCUGCCCCAGAGGCUGUUGCUGCAGAGGUCGAGACCAUCAUUGACAUGAAUAUUCGCAAUGUGACUGAAGGAAGGAAGUUGGGGUUCUUCUCAUGUGGAACCGGUAAUCCCAUCGAUGAUUGUUGGCGCUGUGACCCUAAUUGGCAUAAGCGUCGCAAGAGACUAGCCGAGUGUGGCAUUGGUUUCGGGAGGAAUGCAAUCGGUGGGCGUGACGGACACUUCUACGUUGUCACCGACCACACCGACGAUGACCCUGUUAACCCCAAACCCGGGACCUUGCGUCAUGCUGUGAUCCAGGACUACCCUCUUUGGAUCGUGUUCAAGAGCGACAUGGUAAUCAAGUUGAAACAGGAGUUGAUAAUGAACAGCUUUAAGACCAUCGAUGGUCGUGGAGCUAAUGUUCAUAUCACCAACGGGGCAUGUAUCACGAUCCAAUUCGUUACCAAUGUGAUUAUUCAUGGACUUCAUAUCCACGACUGUAAGCCUACCGGUAAUGCCAUGGUGAGAAGCUCACCGUCUCAUUUCGGGUGGAGGACGAUGGCCGAUGGUGAUGCAAUCUCCAUAUUUGGUUCUAGUCAUAUUUGGAUUGAUCACAAUUCUCUCUCUAAUUGUGCCGAUGGUCUAGUCGAUGCCGUCAUGGGCUCGACCGCAAUUACCAUCUCCAACAACCACCUGACCCACCACAAUGAGGUGAUGCUGUUAGGCCACAGCGACUCCUACACAAGGGACAAGCUGAUGCAAGUGACUAUUGCUUAUAAUCAUUUUGGGAAGGGACUUAUCCAGAGAAUGCCAAGGUGUAGGCAUGGAUAUUUCCAUGUGGUGAACAAUGACUACACUCACUGGGAAAUGUAUGCAAUUGGUGGAAGUGCAAACCCUACCAUCAACAGCCAGGGAAACCGAUAUGCAGCCCCGAUGAACCAAUUUGCAAAGGAGGUGACCAAGAGAGUGGAGACUGCUGAAAGUGAGUGGAAGAACUGGAACUGGAGGUCAGAAGGAGACAUGCUGGUCAAUGGUGCCUACUUCACUCCAUCAGGUGCUGGAGCCUCAGCCAGCUAUGCCAGGGCCUCGAGCUUGGGUGCCAAGUCUUCUUCCAUGGUUAGAGCCAUGACAAUAAAUGCCGGUUCUCUUCCCUGUCGCAGAGGCAGACAAUGCUAGCAUUAAUCGGCUGAAAAAAAUCUGCCGUUUACAGAACUCUUUGAAUUUCCCCUUUUCCAUCAUUACCUACCAAGUACCAAGUCUUCAUUUUCAAUCCAUUAAUUGUUUUUUAGCAUCAUCACAUUUUGACAGGUUUAGCUUUGUUUACAAAUUUGUCAUCAUAUUGUUCUACCAAGUUCUCCACCAUUAUGCAUGUGAUAGUUCGUUUAGUUUUUCCAACCU